UGUAGUGACGCCGUCGUUGUAAAUAAACACUCAAACGAGGCAUUUAAACGGUCGGCUGUCAGGAAAGGGAGGACGCGGAGCAGAGCGGAGAAAACCGGAAGCAACUGGAGAGCUGAGGGAUGCUGAGAGAGCAUGUCUCUAGAAGGAACAGCGACACCUGGGCUUUCUGUAAAAGAUGCCCCACCCUGAUCUCCCAGCAGAACUUCACAGAGACGCUUCCCACAGAGAUGAGUGUGCGGAUCUUCAGUGAGCUGGACCUGAGGAGCCUGUGCUGCGCCUCACUCACCUGCAAGCAAUGGAACAACAUUAUCGAGGGCAGUGACCACCUCUGGAGGAGCCACUGUCUGAGUGUACUGGCUGUGUGUCGCAGGGAGGUGGACAGGGACAAACAGGAUGGACUUUCGUGGAAGGUGACUCUGGUGCGGAACUACCAGAAGGGCUGCGUGAAGAAAAGAUGGUUAAAGGGCUGCUAUAGCAAUAUCUGCUGUGCUGAGGAUCUUCCACCAAACAGCAUGUGUCCUUUAGACGUGGAGACAUGGGGGGAGAUCCUGGAGGCUGAGCUGGAGCGAUAGGCCCAACAGACUUUUAGGGUGAGGGUAAAAGCCUGAAAUACUGUCAGGAUCCCUCCUGAGAACAAUUACGCCUGAAGCACUUGCUCAUUCAUUUAAUGUAAUGACAUUUUGACAUUGUUAAGAACAUUUUGUAAUCACUGUAAGACGAUGCUUGAUGAAUGUCACAACUGAUAGCUGUUGGUGCCAGCUAUGCUGUUCACCAAUAGAGGACCCAGUUAAUUUAUUGUUAUUUCCAUAAGGACAAUGACAUGAGUCUUUUAGUCAGAUAAUGGAGCAAUUGACGCAUUGUCAGAAAAUAAUAAUUUAAUUUCUAAAUAAUACAUUUACAAAUGGAAUAAGGACUGUGUCAUUUUAGAUUUUGUUUCUCCAAUUAAGAGAAUAGCCUUUUUUAAGUGCUUGAUUUUAAAUGUAUAGUUGAGGCUUAAAAAGUGAAUGUUUGUGUGCUGUUCAUUUAAAUCCUGGAAUGUAAAGACUUUUAUUUUGACAUUCAUUAAAACUAAUAUAUGACCUGUA